AUGAAAGUUACCAAGCAGGGCCUGAUCCCUUCUCCUGCAGGAGGGGCCCUGUACUGGCUCCUGCCCAGGGCUGGAAUAUUCUGUACUUUUGUCUCCCAGUCCCAUCUCAUCAGCUCUGCAGUGAACAGCCAUGGGCUGCAGCUGUGUCCUGUGCCUGUCCCUGGGCCCCUGGCAGGGCACUGGGAGAAGCCAGGGCAGAGAUCACUCACUAACGAAGCACCUUCAUCUCACAGGGGUUUAUUCCCUGCCACUGCUGCACCUGCCCAAGUGUUCCCUGAAGCAUAUUCAAGCAAUUUUCCAAGUCAUGGGGUUCAUACACAAAAAUCUCCUCUAAAGACACCAGUUCCUCGAAGAUAUGCUCCAGAACCUGUACCCAAAAAUGGGAAAAUCUCAGAGAAAGAAAACUCUGUAGUAGAAAAAGAAAAUAUUUCCAAACCUACAAGAGAAGGUGAAGGGAAAGGUCUGGAACACGUUUUGAAUUCUCAAGAAACACCACUGAAGCAAGUAGAAUAUUCCAAGAAGGCAGCAUUAAACAGCAAUGAAAGGAGCUGGCAUUCUGAGAGACACAGACACAAAGCUUUGCCUCCAGAUGCAAUUUCUUCUUUUGAAAGCUACAGUUCAAUUGAGAAAACAGUGCAAAAAGCAGAUCAUUUACUUCAAGGUCUUGGCAAGUUGAGAAGAGAAAUGCACAACAUUCUGCAGGAAGCAACUACAUGGAAAUCUGACAUGAAUGAUCUUAUUAAGGCAAAAAAUCCUCCUGUUGCAGCUGAUCCUCCUGAACAUCAUCUAGUCAGCAAACCAUCCAUCCUUCAAAAUAUCCAAGUGCCAAGGUGAUGCUGAAAGAUGCUGAAAGGAUUUUGAGAGGAGUGCAAAACAAUAAAAAAGUCCUUGAGGAGAAUCUGGAAGCUGUUAGUCAUGCAAAAGAUGGAGAUGCCAUGUAUGCUUUCAGUAACUCCUUGAC